ACCACGGCGCCCGCUUCUGAUGAGACUGCUGGCGUUUCUGUCAACGUAAUCAAAAAUUUCUGCUGCUGGUUGCGAUUCUUGGGACGCGUCGCAGACCUCUAGAAGCAAGCAGCGGGAGUGCAAUCAGCGGUUGGUUCGUCACAUUCAUCGCAUCCUAGGGCGCCCACGCACAACCUCAGGCCGCCAAUCGCAUUUUCAAUCGGGAAAUGAUUGAAAUUUAGUCGAUUUUUACCAGAACCCCGAACGAACGAUCACUACACAGAAAACUGGUUUGUGAGUGACCUCAUUUGACUCGACGAAGAUGGCUCCAAAAUCCGCCAGCAGUAAUCUGAAGUACCUCAGCUUGGUGACCCUCACGCUUCAGAAUGCCAUACUGGGACUUAGCAUGCGGUACGCCCGGACCCGGCCCGGUGCGAUGUUCCUCAGCUCCACAGCCGUCGUGAUGGCCGAAGUGGUCAAACUGCUCACCAGUCUGGUGCUGGUGUUCAUGGAGGAGGGCAAAAGUUUGCACCGGCUGCACCACGCCCUGCACAGCACGAUCGUGAAGCAACCGAUCGACACGCUCAAGAUCUGCGUGCCGUCGUUCCUGUACAUCCUACAGAACAACCUGCUGUACGUUUCGGCGUCGCAUCUGGACGCGGCCACCUACCAGGUGACCUAUCAGUUGAAAAUUUUGACGACCGCAGUGUUUGCGGUGAUUAUUCUAAGGAAGCAGUUGUUCCCGACGCAGUGGGCUGCGCUGGUGGCGCUCGUUGUGGGCGUGGCCACUGUGCAGCUGGCGCAGACGGAUUCGAGCGGGACGGCUGCCUCCCGGCAGCAGCACAUGCCAGGUGAACCGGACCAGAACCGCCUGCUCGGCUUCAGCGCCGCCCUCGGUGCGUGCUUCCUGUCCGGCUUUGCCGGUAUCUACUUCGAGAAGAUGCUCAAGGGGGCGGACAUCUCCAUCUGGAUGCGAAACAUUCAGCUCAGCUUGCUCAGCCUGCCGUUCGGGCUGGUAACGUGCUUCGUGAACGACGGCAUAAAAAUCACCUCCGAUGGGUUCUUCUAUGGGUACGACGGGUUCAUCUGGUACCUGAUCCUGCUGCAGGCCGGCGGUGGCCUGAUUGUGGCCGUGGUGGUCAAGUACGCCGACAACAUCCUGAAGGGCUUUGCCACCUCGCUGGCGAUCAUUAUUUCCUGUGUGGCGUCGAUGUAUCUGUUCGAUUUCAACCUGACGAUGCAGUUUACGUUUGGGGCCGCCCUGGUGAUUGCAUCGAUUUUCCUCUACGGGUACGAUCCGAAUGCGGCCGCCAAGCAGAAGAUCGUCAAGCUCAAUCCGGAAAGCGUGGAGCGGCUGCUGGCGGAAAAGGUCUGAACGAAGGACGUAUGUAGUAUUAGGCUGAGCUAAGCUGAUUUUUUUUCUUCUGUAGGAUUAUUUAGGACAUAUUAUGUGACGAAAUGAUGCAAUGAAAAAUUUAAGUUACUUAAAUUUUUAGGUAAAAGUAUACAGUAAAAAAAUAAAGGAAAUUUUAACAAUAA